CGUCAACUGAUUCGUUGACUAGGCUUGGACGAAACAUGGCCGAAUGUGACGUGAGGCAAGUUGGUAGUUGACUCGGCAGGGCAAGUCGGUCGUCUUGAGAAAACCCGGUGAUGUGAUGGAGGGCAUGAGGCUAGAUGAUGGUUGUGUGGCGCGGAAGGGUGUGUGUAUGGGUUUGUUUGCACACACGCGUGUGCGCUCUUCCUCGCCCAGCCCAUCCAUCGCUCGCCUCCACCAGCAACCUGGAGAUUUCAAGGGAAAGUACGCAUUACCUCACACUUUCCCCUUACAUUUGCGAUCAAAGCUAAGUAGGCAGUAUUCUUCAACUUGCCUCUCACCUUUGUUUUACCUGAUCCGAUCCACCGACAGCCCGUUCCUUCUUUGCCAUUCUCUCCAGUCUUCCGCAGCCUGCUAUGAACCCCGUCGAUUACGUCUUCCAUUCCCGCCUCUACCUUCUCCCAUCAACAGCACUUCAUCUCAUCACGAGCUGGCUGUCUACAUCUUCGUCAGCCACCUCGCUUACUUCUUGCUGGCCCUCAAGUUCCUGGCCGCUUCGCCUUCUCUCAACGCCAAAUUCCGUCCGCGUCAGUUGCCAACUAUUCCAUCCACAUCUACCGACCUACCUAUGCCGGCAUCUCAAAAGACGCAUUCGAUCACGUCCUCCCGAGAUGUACCGGUAGACGUAUGGGACAAGGGUGUCCUCAACCUCGCAGCUUAACUUGAAUUUCCGGCAUCUGGUUGCCAGCCCAGUGUCUAGAUCUUGCCCUGCCUCGGCCACUUCUCCCGUACGCAAUGGAACGUGAGGGCCACAUACGCCGUUCGUCGGCAUAGUCCUCGGAACAGAACAACCCCGGAGUGUCCCAACUGUCGUCGGUGAGCUAAGCCAUCUUUGACGAAUGCUUGUCAGCUAAAUGCCCGCUUCACGUUGC